CAUUUUUAUCUCAUGUUCUUUAUCUUAUAGCACAGUACUUUUUGGACAAACAUUUGUGAGUCAUAAUGAAUAGAGGAGAGUUUGAUGACAGAAGAAGAACUGGGUCUGUGAAAGCAGCCAUUAGACUGUAUGGUGAUAAGAUUCUUAACGGCAGGUCUUCAUUGAAGAAACCAGAAAUUGAUGUUUCUGAGAAGUCUUAUUCAAAAACUAGAGAACUACAUAUGGCAAGGAGGGAUAUAGAUAGAUAUAAAGAGACAAGAGCGGAAGCCGACUCUUUGAAAGCACAAGCGGAAUUUGAGCUCUUGGAUGCGAAGACGACGGUGACAAAUCUCUCUUCAUUGCUCAGAGAAUCUGACUCCAAAGCUAAGGCACAGAAGCAGGAGAUUGAAACUACUUUGAGGAAAUCAACAAGGAAGGAUAAAAGGGCAUUGGCGUUUGGGGAUAUGGAGACUCACAAGUAUUCAGAAGUUAUGAAGGAAUUGGAAGCAGUAAAGCAGGAAUUGCGUAUGCUUAAACUUGAUAUGGCUUCGGUUUUGGAAGAGAAAUCGCGGGCAGAGAAGCAAAUUGAGGCAUCGAGAUCGAAAAUCAGGUCGCAUUCGAGCUCUUUGGAGGCAGUCAAGAAGGAGACUGAGGAGGUGAAUGAGGAGCAAGUGCUGGUUGAGUUGGCCCGGAUUGAGGCAUUGAAAGAGUAUGGAGAGAUUGAAGCUGAGAGAGCAAAGGAAGCCAGUCAAUUUGCGAGUGCAAUUGAACAAACAAGGAGGAAAAUUAAUGACAUUGUUGAUGAGGUUGAGCACUCCAAAGAGCUUGAAUCCAAGUUGGCAAUCACAAUUGCUGAUGUUGAUAUGUUACAGAAUGAAUUGCAAUCGGUUAAGGAAAUGGAAAAGAGAAUUCAGAGAAAUGACAACUUGAAGCGCUUGGAAACAAGUUUUCGAGGAGGUGAGGAAUUGGACUCUUCACUUUCUUUGCAAUCAGUCACUGAAGAAUUAGAGGCAGCAAAGAAAGAACUGGCUUCAUUGAAAGCGGAAGGUUUUCAGUACAUGGCCUCAAUGGAUAUCAUAAGAAAUGAGCGGAAACAUGUGAAGAAGGAAACAGCUCGAUUGGAGGAAAUAGAAAAGAAAGGAGAUUUAGCUGUACAAAAUCUAAAUUCAAAGCUCCUUAGAGCAAAAGCCAAGUUGGAAGCUGUAUCUGCUGCCGAGGAAAAGGCUAAAUCAAUAGUGUCCAAUCUAUCUCUCACCCUUGAACAGCUCAAGACUGAAGCCAAAACCGCAAGGAGAGAAAAGGUGCUCGUAUGUCAAGAGGCUGCAACCAUCAAGGAAGAAAUUGGAAGAACCGAGUCAGAAAUAGAUUCAACUGAGGAAAGAUUGCAAGCUGCAAUGCAAGAGCUUGAAGCAGCCAAGUCAUCAGAAGCUUUGGCUCUUAAAAAUCUAAAAUCUCGGAUUGAGAAUACAGUAGGAGCUAGAACUUCUGUGCUGAAGCAUAGUUCCUCAAUUACCAUCUCGAACUUCGAAUACGAGUACUUGACAGGACGCGCUGUUGGAGCUGAAGAGCUUGCUGAUAAAAAGGUUGCAGCUGCUCAAGCAUGGAUUGAAGCUAUUAAGGCCAAUGAGAAGGAAAUCUUGAUGAAGAUAGACUUUGCUCAAAGAGAGAUCAGAGAGAUGAGGUUGGAAGAAGAGAGAGAGGCCUACAGAAUGGAGAGGUCAUUUUCUGCGAAGAGGACAGUCGAGAGAGAGCUGCAAAGUUGGAGAACAAAACGGGAAAAGAAUGCGACGCCAGAAAACUUGCAACUUGCAAUGCAUAAGAAGUCCAUAAGAGGCAAUGGCAAUGCAAACUUAACUCCAUCUAGGCGAGCUAAGUUCCGAAAGUCUGCCUCACCGGCGGCUCGGAAUUCUUUCCCCGUCAAGAAAAGAACGCAGGUAAUGCCUUUGAUUGCCAAGUUCUUCAAGGGCAAGACAGACAAGAAUUUUUGAGCUUCCGUACAUCUUCUACAUUGCUCCUUGGCCAAGUUAACAAACCAACCCUUAUAUAUUUCCAUUGUUGGGAGCUGAAAGAGCUACAGGUUGAAUAAGUCAGGCCUCAAUCAGAUUGACAAGCUGUGAGGUGAGUCAGACAUUGAUGUAUAUAAUUGUGUGCUGAAUAUUUUUGAGCAUUUGAUAAAGUAUUCUCCUCUGGCUUUGCUUAUUGAUGAAAAAGGCCUCAUUGGUUGUGACUUGUGAUAUGUUCUUUUGAGCUACUCAGAGUAUGCAACUUCAUUUGUGUGCGUGUGUGAGUGUUUAUAAGAAUUUUUCCUACGUGUUAUCUAUCAGGUUUAUACAGAUUACAGACU